AUGGCCGACCAGCCGCCCGAGGGCUCGAUACGCCUUUCGGCGCGCGAGAAGAACAAGCCGAGGCAGGACAAGGCGCAGCUCAUCCAGGCGGGCCGGCUCCACGGUCGCCGCGAGAACCGCGAGAUCGACGAGCUCACGGCGCAGGUGACGGCCCUCACCGGCCAGCUCGACGCGGCGCGCACCGAGGUCGACCGGCUCAAGAGCUCGGCGGGCGGCGCGGCGGGCGGCAAGAAGACGGACAAGGCGGUGCAGAAGGAGCUCGACGCGCUCUCGAAGAAGGUCCGCCGGCUCGAGGAGGAGCGCGACGCCGCCAUCGCCGACAAGGACGCCCUCGCGACCAAGGUCUUGUCGCUCGAGUCGUCGCUCGCCCUCGACACGCGCCUCGUCAAGCUCAACGCCGACCUCGAAGCCGAGCGCGCGAGGGCGUCGUCGCUCGCGGGCAAGCUCGCGCUCGCGCAGGACGAGAGCUCGACGUUCCAGCGGCGCCUGCAGCAGCUCGAGAAGGGUGGCGAGACGACGGCCGAGAUGGAGAUGAAGCGCCAGAAGCAGCAGUUCAACGAGGCGGUGUCGAGGCUUGAGGGCCAGGUCGCGAACCUCGAGCAGGACAAGUUCAACCUGAUCGAGCUCGUCAAGACGUCCAAGGCCAAGCAGGACCAGCUCGAGGACCAGAAGCUCUCGCUCGAGCGCGAGAGCAGCCGCCUGUCGACCGAGCUCCAGAAGGCCGAGGGCCUCGCCAAACAGCGCGAGCAGCAGGACCGGGUGCGGCAGACGCAGGCGCGAGAGGGUGCGUGCUCGGCCGAGGAGCAGACUCGGCUCAAGGACAAGAUCGUCGCGCUCGAGAAGCUGUGCGCGACGCUCGAGGCGAGCGCCAACGACAGCUCGGCGGGAUCUUUUGACUCGGCCGCGUUCCUGACCGUCCGCCGGUACCACGACCUCGUCGCCAACCUCCACCUCUCGGAGGACGACGUCACGACACUCCUCGACGAGGGCUCGCUCUGGCCGCCCAUUCGCGCCACGCAGCCUCACGACACGUCGCUCAUCGACUUCCUGUGGCUCCUCGCCGACCAACAAGCCGAGCACGACGACGACAAGCGCGCGCUCGAGGACGAGCUCACCCAGGCCAAGCACCGCGCCGACGAGGUGCUCGCUGCGGCGUCUGGCUCGCGGCGUGGGAGCGUCGCGGUGGGGGCGUUGCGCUCGGGUGGCACGCAGGACGGGCUCGAGAAGGAGAGGGCUGCGGCGCGCGAGGACAAGGCGCGCGACAAGGAAGUCAUCGCCCAGCUCGAGGCGCGCAUCUCGGCGUACGAGGCCAACGCCUCUCGUCCCGAGCGCUCCUCCUCGCGCGCUUCGUCCAUUUACGCGGCACCAACGGCCACCUCGGGCUACUCGCAAGCCGUCGUCGACCGCCUGACGGUGGCGAUGAAGGACCUCAACCAGCAGGUGGCCGACUUGCGCGACGAGAACAUGAGCCUGCUUCUUCAGCUCGCAGGAGUCGAGCCCUAG